GAACAGUUUUGUAAGUUUGUUAAUAUUUCUUAAUAUUGCAAAUUGAAGUUGCGGUGAUUUGUUGUUAUCGCCGGAGAAAUACAUUAUACCUUGCCUGAUAUAAAAUGCGAUAGAUCGGGGCUAGGCUAAGGUGCAGCGUUAAAUAUAGUGCAACCAGAACCUGAAAAUCAACAAUUAACCUGAAAUCCUACUAUAUUCUAGAAGAAACUUGGUUGUUUGCAACACUCGUUAGAACCAGCGGGCUUAGCUGUUUCUGUUUCUUUCUCUUGCACUGCUGCAUAGAAUUUUCAGUGUUUCAUUGAAAUUUCGCGGUGUCUGUUCUAGUACAUAUUACUGAGUAUUACUGCGAUUUUAUAUCAAGAAAUUAACAUCCACCCUGGUUUGGUCUUCCACUCACUAAAAACCAUUCUAUCAGACUUAAAGUGAGAGAUUAGAGUGCACAUUAGAUGCUUACAGACACAAGAAUUCCCUCACUCUCAUAUUUCUUGUAUUACUAAAGACACAAGUCUGAGAAGGGAAUAAUGUGCACAUGUGCUUGCUUACACACACAUGCAAUAUAAUCCUGCCCUGUAAUAGUCUCUAUUGUGAUCGAAAUUCUGUCCAUAGGAAAUUAUUAUUGUCAUGCUGCUGCUAUAUAUCUAUGUGUCACAGGUGGGUCGGCUGUACUGGGGUGGUACCAUGGACUAAACAGAAUACCAUUGUAAAAUAGCAGCUUAAUUCUGCUCUGAUGUGUAUGGUGAGUGUAGAGAACCAGACAUACUUUGUACUUAGACGAGGUGUUCCAUAGUGGUUCUCAUAGGUGACAGCAUAUCUGCAUUUUGAUUCUUAAUUGGUUAUUAAUUAUAGAUGUGUAUGGGCUCACUUACCAUCAGGUGGUACUCUACUAGUAAGAUUAGGAUGAAGAGAAUUGUGGUAGCCAACUGAUUUUAUUACAAACUUGUAUAUUUAAGUAGUUUUCCAUAUUUAUGAUGAGCUUUCAUAUUUUCAGAUAGAUGAGGAUGAGGAGCCCAUAAUUGUUUGUUUCACCUGUCAUGCAAGACUCAUUCGUUGCAGAACAUUACAACACCAGGCUAUUGAGUCAAAAGCAGUUCUGGAGCAGUUGCUUGCAGGAGGGUCCAUGUCAAUACCAAAACCGCAUGAGGCUAGAGAUAAGAUUCAAUUCACACCAAUUAGUCAUAUAGAUAUCAUGCCAGUAGAGUGUGAUAUAGAAAAUGAUUGUAAGAACGAAAUGUUUAGCCUUGAAUCUGUUAAAGUUGAGGAAGAGAAUUUCGAAAAUGAGAAUUACAAUUUUGAACAAAAUGGGAAUCAUGAAACAGAAAGUUCUGAGAAGAAGAUUAAAUCAAAUUCUACUGAUUGUAACAUAAACGAUGUUCGUGAAGAAGACCUCUAUUUUGUAGGCCCUACUAUUAAAUCAAACCCUAAAUUGAAAAAAAAUAAUCAACCAAUUAAUAAAAAAGGAAAGCAUCCUGCAAAGAUUAUGAAAACGAAAAUUUUGAAACAAAAGAGUGUAAAUAUACUUAAGAAAAAAAUAUCUGGGACAUCAACUGAACACAUUUUUAAAUGUGAUGGUUGUAGUAAAAAAUUUUCAACAAAAAACAUUCUCGCCAAACACAUUUCAUACAGUCAUAAGAUGCAAAACAACUCAGACACCACUGCAGUGCGGACACAAGUAGAACUAACUCCAAUACCACAACAAACAGAAAUAUUUAAUUGUGAUAUUUGUGAAUUUAAAACAUCUCAAAAACGUCGCAUUUUGUCACAUCUUAAAGCGCACGUCGCUAAACAAAUGUACUGUUGUAAUAAUUGUGAAUAUAAAUGUAUUAGAAAAAGUAAUUUGCAAACCCAUUUGAAAAUACACACCGGUGAAAAACCUUUUUCGUGUAAUAUCUGUGAAUAUAGAUGUAUUAGAAAAAGUCUUUUGCAAAGACAUAUGAAAAUACACACCGGUGAAAAACCUUUUUCGUGUAAUAGCUGUGAAUAUAGCUGUAGUAUGAAAAGUGAUUUGCAAAUACAUAUGCAAAUACACACCGGUGAAAGACCUUUUACGUGUAAUAUCUGUGAAUAUAGAUGUAUUAGAAAAAGUCUUUUGAAAACACAUAUGAAAAUACACACCGGUGAAAGACCUUUUUCGUGUAAUAUCUGUGAAUAUAGCUGUAUUACAAAAGCUAAUUUGCAAAGACAUAUGAAAAUACACACCGGUGAAAAACCUUUUUCGUGUAAUAUCUGUGAAUAUAGAUGUAGUAUGAAAAGUGAUUUGCAAAGGCAUAUGAAAAUACACACCGGUGAAAAAACUUUUUCGUGUAAUAUCUGUGAAUAUAGAUGUAUUAGAAAAAAUCGUUUGCAAGAACAUAUGAAAAUACACACCGGUGAAAAACCUUUUUCGUGUAAUAUCUGUGAAUAUAAAUGUAUUAGAAAAAGUAGUUUGCAAAAACAUAUGAAAAUACAUACUGGAGAGAAAACUUUUUCGUGUAAUAUCUGUGAAUAUAGAUGUAUUACAAAAAGUCAUUUGCAAACCCAUAUGAAAAUACAUACUCGAGAAAAACCGUUUUCGUGUAAUAUCUGUGAAUAUAGAUGUAUUACAAAAAGUGAUUUGCAAACCCAUAUGAAAAUACAUACUGGAGAAAAACCUUAUUCUUGUAAUAUCUGUGAAUAUAAAUGUAUUAGAAAAAAUUGUUUGCAAACACAUAUGAAAAUACAUACUGGAGAAAAACCUUUUUCGUGUAAUAUCUGUGAAUAUAGAUGUAUUAGAAAAUAUGAUUUGCAAAGACAUUUAAAAACACACACUGGCGCAAAACCUUUUUCGUGAGCUAUCCGGUGAAAUAUGUACAAUAUUGUGUAAACUUGUUUUAUAUAAAUAUGUGUGUACCAGAC